UCCAACGGAAGCUCCAACGGAAGCAGGUCACCUGUGGGCGGGGCGCAGGUGGGCGGAGACACCUGGCGAGGUAAGCGCGGACGCGGAGAGACGCUCGUCGGUGGAGGCCUCGGGAAAAGCGUCGAGCUGGAGAUUCACAUGCGGCCGGACGGACGACAGCGACGAUUUCACCAUGGGCCUGUGUGACGGCUUCUCCCACUGUAAACUGGCUCUGGCCUUCGCCGUGCUGAUGGACCUGCUGGGUGGAGCUGCUCUGCUGGUGGGGGUCUUCGCCCGUCUGGAAAUCAAAGGACAGGACUUUGGGGACUUACUGGUCUAUACUGGAGCCCUGUUCGUGCUGAUGUCUCUGGCCGGGUGGGUGUUGUGGUACAGCGGGAACAUCGAGGGCCUGACGUCCAAGAAGGAGCUGGGACACAUCGGCAGCGCCGUCGACCGAAUCGCUCGCAACCUCAGCCGCAAGAUCCGCGGCUACAGGAGCCACCGCUGAGUCCCGGGGGGGGCGGAAGUCGUGACAACGCUUCACUUUAAAAGUCCGGCUGUACGUACCUGUGUUUUGUCAGUAUUAACGUGAGAUACAGGCACUGAAUUAAACUGUGUGCUCAUUUGAAAAAAAGGACCCUAGUGUUUCAAGCAUGUCAGAAGCAUUUCAACUGUAGACCUCUUCUCCUGUUACAAUCAUUCUGUUAAUGUUUUACUAGGGGUAGUAUUUUUUUUUUUUUACAUUUUUCUUAGUGUUUUGAAUGUGACUCAUUGAAUUCAGCAGUGGCCUCUUUAUGGAUUUCAAUAAAAGCCUUUUUUAUACAUCA